ACCAUCUACAUUUUAAAUGGUAUUAAUAUUAAUUUGCAUAUAUUCCCAUUAAUCCCCACGGAAAGUUUCCACCUCUGAAUAUUCCCCAAAAUGUGCAACCCUAGUUACAACACAUUUCUGGUGGCCUUCUUCUGUUAUACACAGGUGUUUGGCGCGUGCUAGAUGGCUAAUCAGAAGAGGUGGUUGUCACUGUUUUUCCGUCUGUCUUCCGCAGUAACAUAGAGAUAUGGCUGUAUGGGAACACUAACCCAAUGAAGGUGUGUAGUCAUUUAACCUUUUUGUUUUUAGAAAAGUAUUUCUCGCUCAUAUGAAAAACCGUAAGUGAUCCGUGCUCACAUUCAGACCGACCGUUGGUGUUCUUUACGAAAGUCCCAUGGGAAGAAAAUACCUUCAUCAAUAGGCCGUUAAUUUGUUAUUAUCCAGCUAAACCAGUUCUAGUUAGCCAAGGAAUGAAUGUAAAGACCGUGUCAACCACCUGAAAGUCAAUAAAUGGUAUUUGAACCCAAGCGCCUUUAUCAUAUGACAUCUAGAAAGACUGAUAUAGGUACCCCAUUCAAAAAGGUAGCUAUAAUGCCACCUACACAGAUUGUAAGUCAUCAAUGAAAUGAAACGCAUGUCCAACUUUGUUGUGCUUGUGAGUGAAGGCACUGAAUAUGCAAAUAGACAUAAUUAUCUGUGUUAUACUAUAGUAUAGGAUUAUGAUAUAUUUGAAAUGUAUUUUCUUAGAUUAUAACGUAGUAUAACCUAACCCAAUCAAAUGUGAAUACCCAACAUAUUUUUGUGCAUCUUUGCAUUCUGAGUAGCCUAAUCCAGUUUACUGUGCUGAAAAUAAAUAGCAACCAGCGUUCUCUGACACUGUGCUGUCAAAAUAAAAUUAUAGACAUUUUCAAGCAUUUCACUGACAUUUCAAAGAGAAUCGUGCAGCUGAAGAUUUAAUUGUAGCUUGUCUGAGUGACGCAUGGCCCCCUUGCUUUCAUGCUGAAGAACAUCCUUCAUAUAACUUGUCUGUUUCUGAACUGUAGGCCUGUUACCAAGGGGGUGAGAAGAGACGGUGUGGAGUGUGUGUUGGGGGGGGAUGGAGGAGUUUCCAGUGAGGACGGUGGAAGGGCUGUGUCUAGGCACCAGCUUGGCUAUAUCUGGUUUCUUCUACUACGUCUACAGGAAAAAGAGGAAAACGGUGGACAAGCUCAAUGAUGCACCACAAUUGACUUUGGAUGGGAAACUGGCAGACCUUUUGAACGUGACACCGGGAAAGUGUCUGCAGUAUGUUGUCAUUGAAGGGGCAGUGCAGCCUCUGGGGGAGCCUUUGAGGAGUCAGUUCCAGGAAGGCACUGUGGGGGUGGUGCAGAAACUCAUGCUGAGGGAACACAAGCUGGUGUGGAAUAACCUGUCUCGCACCUGGACGGACAGUGAGCGUGUGCUGCACCAGAGGGUGAACGCGGAGCCCUUCAGCCUGGUCGGGUCGGACCAGGCCAACGUGAGGGUGCUGUGUCCCCUGGAGGCCUCGGGUCUAGAGAUGGAAAUCAUCCAUGAGAAGUUCCACCAGGCCACCUAUGGUUUUACCGACAUCAUCGGGCAGUACUUCAGUGGAGAGAAGCCCAAAGGCCAGCUGGAGACUGAGGAGAUGCUCAAGGUUGGCGCUACUCUGACAGGUGUAGGUGAGCUCAUCCUGGACACCGACCGGGUGCUGAAGCUCCGCCCGCCCACUGACGGCUCUGAGUACUUCCUCACCACGGCAGACUUUGAGUCCCUGCGGCUGGAGCAGGAGGGCCAAGCGGUGGUCUGGCAGGUCCUGGCCUCUGUGUUCGCCCUGGCCGGGUCAGCCAUCCUCUUCUGGUUGGGCCACCGCUACUACCGCAGCCUGAGGGUCCGCUGGGACCAGGAACGGCUGAGGAGGGAGUUUGAGAGGUUGAGUGCUGGUGGGACGGGGGAAGGGUCUACGGCUGGGGAUACACAAGAGGGGUCUGGGGAGCAGGCACCCUUGGAAAACGCCUGUGUGAUCUGCCUGACCCAGCCGCGUAGCUGUGUGCUGCUGGAGUGUGGGCAUGUGUGCUGCUGCUACAGCUGCUACCAGGCCUUGCCCCAGCCCACCUGCCCCAUAUGCCGGCAGGCCAUCAAGAGGGUGGUGCCCCUCUACCAGGCCUGAUGCCCAGCCUGGGAGUAGAACAGAUGUGUGUUCUCAUGGUUGGUCUAUGUAUGUAUCCCCUGGGGUGUUGUUACCUGUACUCCUAGAAAGACAAGGUCAAGGUGAUAGAAUGGAGACAUUUUAUAAUUUACAUUUAGGCUGGUUGUAAAACCUUGAAGAUGAUUCUCCACAUAGAGGCAGAAGGACCGAACUCUACUGUGAUGAUAACAGUCACCCUGAAAAUACAACUUUGGAGAACCGAGGAGAGGCCUAAGCUAGCAAGAUAGAGCAGGACAUGCACACACUAGUCCUUAAACCCCUCACAAUGUCAGAGAGAGACCAACUCUUGAUAGACCAGGCAAACCAUCCCUGUACUUAUUACAUUGUAAUAAUCACCUGAAUGCUUGUUGGCAUUCUCAACACAAAUAGGCUAGGUGACGCUACUGUAUUAACAAAAUGUGAAUCUUUGAGAUUUGAAGCACUUAAAUGCAUAUGUAUUAUAAAGCUAACAGCUGUUGAGUUUGGUUUUGAAUAGUAAAUACAUGUUUAUAUACUGAACAAAAUAUAUAAAUAUACCGAUUUUUACUGAGUUACAGUUCAUAUGGAAAUCAGUCAAUUUAAAUCAAUUCAUUAGGCCCUAAACUAUGGAUUUCACAUGACUGAGCAGGGGUGCAGACAUGGGUGGGCCUGGACAUAUGCACUUGGGAGCCAGCCCCACCAACUGGGGAGCCAGCCCAUCAGAAUUAUCCCCCCCCCCCACCCCACACACACAAAAUGGCUUUAUUACAGACAUAUUCCUCAGCACACCCCCAGACGAAGAAGCUGGGUUUGGAGCUCCUGGGCACGUGGUCUGUAGUUUAGGCCUGUUGGAAAUACUGUCAAAUUCUCUAAAAUUACAUUGGAGGUGGCUUAUGGUAGAAAGAUGAACAUUCAAUUCUCGGGGGCAACACCUUUGGUGGGCAUUCCUGAAGUCAGAAUGCCAAUUGCAUGCCCUACCUCAACUUGAAACAUCUGUUGUGUGACAACUGCAUAUAUUAGUGGCCUUUUAUUGUGCCCGGCACAAGGUGCAUCUGUGUAAUCAUCAUGCUGCUUAAUUAGCUUCUUGAUAUGCCACACCUGUCAGGUAAUGGAUUCACUUGACAAGGACAAAUUCUCUUAACUGGGAUGUAAAGCAAAUUUGUGCAUUUGAGAGAAAUAAGCUUUUUGUGCAUAUGGAACAUUUCUCUGAGCUUUUAUUUCAGCUCAUGCAACAUGGGAGAAACACUUAACAUGUUAAGUUUAUAUUUUUGUUCAGUAUAGAUACUGGGAAUGCAGUUCUCUCAUAAUUAAAGUGUGCAUAUGGAUAGUGUUUACGUUUGAAGUACUAUCGCUUGCUUUGUGCCUUAUUUUCACUCCUGCUGUAAGGAGGGGGUCGGUCGUUCCACCAAUUUUGAUUUUUGUUGUAAAGAUUCCUGUCAAAGUGCUUUGACGGGGUGGAAGGUUGUUUCCAACAGGGAGGGGGGCAAUUGAAUGUGAGCUUGAACAUUUCUAGCCUAUCUAUGGGUAACAGGGUUGGUGUUUUAUGCUUGACCCACUCUGUUUUCCAGCACAAAAUACCAGAAAAGGUGCAAAGAAAACAGUAGUACCAGCUCACCUGGUAUUUACACUAUGAAAUUACUACUAAAUGUUCCAUAUUGAAAGAUGUAUUGAAUUUUCCAUGUGGUCUAAAAUAUUAAAGGGCAAUUAAUUUAUAACAGG